AUGUUGAAAUAUCAAAAUAUUGCACCUGCCCCAGUUGGGGACAAUAAGGUGCGCAAAUAUACGCCACGCGCCAGUAACGGUCCGUACAGCGUCGAUCAGACUCAGUCAGUGCAGCGUCGCAACGCACGGGAACGAAAUCGUGUCAAGCAAGUAAAUAAUAGUUUUGCAAAACUACGUCAACAUAUACCGCAAUCUAUAAUAGCUGACCUGACCAAAGGCGGUGGACGUGGUCCACACAAGAAAAUCAGUAAAGUCGAUACUUUGCGUAUUGCUGUGGAGUACAUACGUCGCUUGCAGGACAUUGUCGAAGACUUCAGUAGUAAUUGUGACACAGCCAGCAGUAUUUCAUUCAGUGACUGUUCCACUACCAGCUCUCCACCACCGCCAACUACUCCACUCAGUGCCACAAAUCAAAUGUACUACACAAACGCGUCCACACCACCGCUGCCCGGCUUUCAAGCUUUACAACAGCAACAACAUGAUUUGGCACAGCAGGCGCAACAGUUUUCAAGUACAUUGCUAACGCCAAUCUCACUUAGCGCUUACUCUCCACCACAGACCCAAACGGACAAUGUUUGCCAUUCACCUACCUCAUCAUUCAAUUCCAGCAUGUCCUUCGAUUCUGGCACUUUUGAACCAGCACAACAAUUGUCACCGUCACAUAUGAGUGCCAAUAACAGCAGCCACAGCACGCACCUAGACGCACAUCUACAGCUCAAAUUCGAACCUUACGACAGCUUCAAUUUGCAUGAGGAGGACUGCACGCCAGACGACGAUGAAAUACUCGAUUAUAUCUCAUUGUGGCAGGAGCAGUAGUUAAGCACUUCAUCUUCUGCAUGGGGAGAUGUUAUAUCAGGGAUUUUCGUUUCGGGUGUAUAAUUGUAAAUAUAUUUGUAAUCUAGUCAAUGUUAGUUAUAAAUUUCGGUGCCUUGCAUUUAAAGUGAAUUUUUGUAAAAAUAUCUUUAGAAUUGUAUUUAUCU